AAUGGGCCACCAUUGGUAUUUUGGGUGCUUUCCAAAAUUUUCUCUUAUAUCUAUAUUGUUUCUUCCAUUAAAAUCUCUCCGUUUUGAUGGCUAUGGUUUCUCUUCUGUACUCCCAUUUCUUCUUUACAUAUAUACAUCUUGUUUCUUUUUCAAUUUUUCAAUUCCCUCUUCAAUAAUGAAUCCAAUAGAAAUCAACCCUGAGCAAGACAAAGUCCACGAUGCCGAUCAGAAGAUUAUUCCCAACGGCGGAUGGAGGGCCAGUCAAGAUGGAGAUGUCGAGGCGGGAAAAAGUAGUGAAAACAAAGAAGAUUCGGAUUCCACUGAAGUUAAUAAAACCCCAGAUUCCGACGUUGCUAAGGAGGCUGAUCAUCAAAUCAAUUGCAAUGGCCAUAAUAAAUACAUUCCGACCAGCAAGGCUCAAGUUCCUCUCCCGAAACCGGAGCCACCGAAGCCAAAAAUGGAGCGUUCGCAGUCAUUGUCCAUCGCCGAAAGCAUGCCUUUGAUAGGGAAAUACAUAAGAGAUCGGAGCAGCAGCUUUUCAGCGGCGAUCAUGAACCGUUUAUCGUCGCUAAAAGAAGGCAGUGGCGAUUUCGUGUUGAAGAACGACUCGUUAAACUUCGAGGUAACGGAGUUCAAAAUCCCCGGCGUGAAAGUCAUAGUAAAGCUGAAAAGCGAAGAGGAAAGGCUAGAAGAACAAAUAAGUGGUCAAAUAACGUUGUUCACGAAGUCCAACUGCGAACACUCGAUCGCUGCUCGUCAAUUCUUUAAAGAAAAAGGGCUUAGAUACGUGGAAAUAAACAUCGAUGUGUUUACCAAAAGUGGGAAUGAAUUGAUGGAAAGAACGGGGAGUUGCGAAGUGCCUCAGAUAUUCUUUAACGAUAGCUUGAUAGGCGGAUUGGCGACGCUGAAAUCGUUGAGUGAGAGUGGGGAAUUGCAUGAGAAAAUGAAGGAAUUGUUGGGUCCGAAAUGUCCCGAAGAAGCACCCAAAGUACCGGUUUAUGGAAUUAACGAUGAGGAAGACAAAGAAGAUGAAUUGGUGGGGGUAGUGAGGUUUCUGAGACAGAGCUUGCCCAUUCAGGACCGUCUGAUUAAGAUGAAAAUGGUCAAGAGUUGCUUUGCUGGUCCUGAUGUGGUGGAAGCCAUUAUUAACCACCUUGACUGCGGCAGAAGAAAGGGCAUUGCAACAGCGAAGAUGAUGGCCCAGAAGCACUUCAUCCACCAUGUCUUUGGGGAAAAUGAUUUUGAGAAUGGGUACCAUUAUUAUCGUUUCCUAGAACAUGAACCAUUUAUAAUGGGAUGCUUCAACUUUAGAAGUUCAACCAACGAUAAUGAACCAAAACCUGCAUAUUUUAUUGCGGAUAGGCUUUCCAAGUUAAUGUUUUCCAUUGUGGAAAUGGAUGGCUAUGUUUCUUACGAUAGACUCCAUGUCGAUUAUUUCCGCAUCAGCAAAAGUGAAGAAUUCCGCAGGUAUAUAAAAUUGACUCGGGAUCUGCAAAGGAUAAAUCUUCAAUUAUUCACACCAAAUGAGAGGCUAGCCUUCUUCUUGAACCUAUACAAUGCAAUGGUGAUCCAUGCUGUGAUCAGCAUCGGCCAUCCCGAAGGAAUACUUGAUAAUAAAGCCUUUUUCUUGGAUUUCCAGUACGUCAUUGGAGGCUACCCUCAUUCCCUCAGCAUCAUUGAGAAUGGCAUCCUCAGAAACAACCGAAAAUCCCCUUUUUCUUUGACCAAACCCUUUAGUAAAGAGGACCGCCGUUUACAUCUGGUUCCUAUGAGAGUGAAUCCAUUGAUUCAUUUCGGAUUAUGCAAAGGAACAAGAUCAAGCCCCAAGCUUAGGUUUUUCACUGCUCACAACGUGGAAGAUGAGCUCAUAUCUGCAGCCAAGGACUACUUUCAGAGUGAAGGGAUAAAAAUUGAUAGGGAACUUAGAACUGUUUAUUUAACUCGGAUCAUCAAGUGGUUUAGCCAAGAUUUUGGAGGACAAGAGAAGGAAAUCUUGGAGUGGGUCCUGAAUUACUUGGAAGGAAGGAACGCCAAGCUUUUGAAGACUAUGUUGGGUGAUGGAGACCCUAUUACCAUUGUGUAUCAGGAUUAUGAUUGGUCUGGUAAUUUGUGACUCACUGCCCCUGCUUUUUAAUACGGGCAAUCGUUUCAUGCUAUUUUUUCUGAUGGCAGAAGAUUUGGGAUGAAAUCAUUUAACCAAAAUAGGUUUAUAUUGAUUAAGAAAAAAUACAGGAAGAAGCUGCAUUUAGCAUAGAGGUUUUUAUUUAGUUAUUUAUUUAUUCACAUUAUAAAAUAUUGUUUUAAAAAAAAAAAAUUGUAAUGGGAAAUAAAAAAAAGAGAGAUGGUUGUUGUCAUGCAUAUGCUAUAUUUUUUUACUGGUUAAUGUAAUUAUUCUUUAAUA